AUGAGCAGUGAAAGGAGAAUUGGGGUUGCUUUGGAUUUCUCUAAAGGAAGCAAGUUAGCUCUCAAAUGGACUAUUGAUAAUCUUCUCCGAAACGGCGACACACUCAUCGUCGUCCACAUCAAGCACUCCCGAGGAAGUGAAUCCCGAAAUCUUCUCUGGUCUACCACUGGAUCACCAUUGAUUCCGUUGUCAGAGUUCCGUGAGAAGGAGGUGAUGCAUCAUUAUGAGGUGGAUUCUGAUGCCGAGGUGUUGGACCUGCUUGACACCGCUUCUAAGCAGAUACAGGUGGUUGUGCUUGCAAAGCUGUACUGGGGUGAUGCAAGAGAGAAAAUUUGUGAAGCUGUUGGGGAUUUGAGGCUUCACUCAUUGGUCAUGGGUAGCAGAGGCUUGGGUGCCAUACAGAGGGUAUUGCUGGGGAGUGUGACCAGUUAUGUCACCAUAAAUGCAAGUUGCCCUGUAACGAUUGUGAAAGACUCUACCCCUUCUACUGUCUGA